AUGCACUCUGCGAUUCGCUUUUCAAGCUCACGCUCGCAGAGUGCGAGCUCCUCGAUGCAGACUCACUCCGCUGCUGCUGAGCCUCUCCCGAGUGUGUCGUCCAUCGCUCGCGGAAAUGAUGAUUGCCGCGACAAUCCCCAAAGUGUGUUGGAGCCGACCGUCCGGCUGCCGACGUCCACCACCUCGAUGGCGUCAACCUUUUCCCAGCACAGUCUUCGCAGUGGUUCUGAUUUGCCGUCCGCCGUACGUGGCAACAUCCCCAGCGCCCCACUCACUGCAGCGUUGUCCUACGCAAGCAAAGGGAAUGUCAUGGGGGCCUUUGAUCGCAGUCAGUCAGGCAAGCCGCCCGCAAAGGUGACGUCUUCGUUCCCCGGUAGCGUCACGAGCCGCGCCUCUGAAGCGAGCAGCCACACUAAACGCGACCGGUCGGGCAGCGGCCGGCGACACAACUCGGCCCCCGGUGCACCACAGUCUCGAACUGCCACAGAGCCACUGCACGCGCACCCAGGGAGGUUUUUCGCCAAUCUUCCGUGGAUACCACCGCCACCGAUCUACGGCACGCCGCUACCGGACAGCAGCAACAUGAAUCGCUACUAUGCGCACUACUACGACCCUACUGCAGUAAGACUGCGAUCUCCUUUCUGUUACCCAAACGAUGAUGUCCCGCUGCACUCAGCGGGACACCACAGAGACGUGGGAAGCGCGGAGUGGCCAACGCCAAGUGACCUGCCUCUUCCCUCUACGUUUCCAAUGCCACCGCACGUGCUGCCACAGCCAUCACUGUCAACGAUCUCUGCGUCAGCAACGGAAGCUACCGCAGGGUGCAUGGCUGCACCGCAGCACGGGUGGCCAAUGCCACCUCCACUUUCAUACCCCCCGCCACCGCCACCGCCAUGGUGGUUUUAUGGGUCACCCCAGCUCGCACUCUCGCCCUCUUCGUCGGGCUCCUCUUCGAGUAGUAGUAAAGGCAGCAGGUAUUCUUCAUCGUCGUCAUGUGCGUCAGCGAGAUUGGCCACGUCACCUUCACGACAUCCGCUGUCAGGCGUUCUAUUCCGGCAGUCUGUGCCCGCGUAUGAGGAGACAGCCGCUCCGUCGCGGCGCGGUGUGUCGGUUCCUGCAGGCUCUGUAGUGACACCAAUCGCAGCCGCACCGCGGCGUGACGCUGGUGGUUGCCGCGCAGAACAUCAACACCCCGCUGUCUCAUCCGGCUCUCGCUGCGCUGCGACCCAUACGGGUGGCACCGGCAGAGCGGCACGGCAGCCGGCGAGGCUGUUCUCUGGGUCGUCGGUCGCCACCACCAGGAGGGCUGCAACUAGGGCAACUGACUCCGCCCCACCACAAGGGGUAGAACGUCGGGUAUAUGCGUCGAGCAGCAGGAGCAGUGACCUAGAGCGAGCGGCGAAUGUAAAGGCAGUGCAAGCCGCGCCUCAGCGCAGGAGCGCUGCGCUUGGCAUUCAGCCUGACCAGUCUGAAGAGUAUGAGGAGGAGGUCGUGUCAGGGAACGGUUGCGGCAGCGCCGCAGCUCGUAUGCAGCACGCCUUGAGCUCUGCAGAAGCCUAUCUGGCCAAAAUGGAGCACCUUUACCGUCAGUUGCGGCACCGCUACGAGGAAGUGGUCCUGUCGCCGGAAAAGAUGAUGAGGUGCAGCGCCGACAUCACCGGCACCGAGGGGACCGAGGAGAAGCAGCACCCACGCACUGUGAUCGCGACAACGACUAGGGCGACCAGAGAUCCGCAGGAGAAGGGACGGUUGCAUCCGCUGCAGCGAACACUUUCGCCGCCGACGCACCUGCAACCAGCCGCGCCCAUGCCACAUACUGCACAACCUGUGUCCCCUAUCCUGUCGGCUGUGCACCCGCCGCCCGUCGAAGUGUCACCGUCUCUGUUGCCGUCGUCAUCAGCGACCUCCGCAACAGCACUGAGGCACGAGCUACAGCUCUUAGAGUCGCAGUGGCAGCGGCUGGAAGAGCUGAAGCGAUACGGAGGCAGCGCCACGACGACGGCAGUCGCACCGUCUGCCACGCCGUCACCAUCAGCGACAGCGGCAGCGAUGGAUGAAGAUCGCUUCACACGCCACCGUUUCCUGCAGCUGAUACGGGAUCGCAAGCAACUGCUGAUGUCGGCUGCAUAG